AUGGGAAAAAAAGCUAUUAUCAGCAAGCAUAUUGUUUUAUGUAGCUACACACAAAAUUAUUCUCAUCAUCCCAUAUACGGAAUUAUCCUUAUCGAUGGUGAAAUAAUCCAUGACGUCAUCUUUUUAGAUGAGAAUAUCCCUGUUCAGGCUAUUAUUGAAAAAUACUCUGAAUGAGAUCCUCAAGACUGUUCGGAUUUAUAUAUAUCUCCUGGCUUUAAGUUAAUUAAAUUAAAUUUAGAUGCCUUCAUUUAAGUCUGCCAAGGAUUUCCAUCUCUGCAAGCUCAGGGACACUAGCAUAUAUACCGACUGCCUAGCCUUCGACAGCGUCAGAUCUUACUAGAUCUCGGGGCGUCCGCUCGCUAGGGCUUGUAGCCUGGCGUAAUUCCAAUUUCAUGCUAAGCACCUAUCUUUAGUUCCCUAAUUCAAGUAGGGAUGAGACCUAAUCUCGGGGACGAUGACCGAUUAUGCUUUUUAACAACUCUAUGUCAAAAGGAAAAAUCCCAUGUAUCAACUUCUAUAGCGAGGAAAAACCGCUGCCCGAGCACAUCAUGGAUGCAGAUUUUUGUAUUUGACUUUCAUCCUCCUCCUAGGCAUUGCGUGUUGAACAAUUAUUUUAAGAGGUCAGGUGGUAGUCUCGCCAUAUUAAUUUAUAUUCCUGGAUUAAUUGAUAUAAAUGUGAGAAGGGAGUUCGAGAAUUACACACAUUUAACAAAAGCUGCAGUCGCCGGUGGUGUAACUUUGAUUUCUGAAGAAGAUGGAUAUUACACAGAUAAUCCUCCAACUGGAGAACUCUUCUGUGAUUUAGGAAAAAUAGCACUUAUUGACGCCACCAACGUGAAUUCUAUGGAAGUUGAGGCUUGUAAGGGCUGCCUAGCAUUCAAAGGCUAUUUUUAUCCGCCGAGCAAUUCUGUGCGAGCUUUACCUCACAAUAUGACUGAAGUGUAUUCUAAUUUGGAAAAAACAGGCCUACCUUUGUUUAUCGACCCAACUCUACCAGAUCCAAGGAUGCUUUAUAUGGCCUCUCCAAUGAGAAUGGAAGCUCUGGAGUCAAGAAAUGAUGCAAAAACAUCAGGAAAUUUAAAUGUGUUUGCAGGAGCUUUUUCGAAUGCCAUUGAAAGUGAAGGAGAAGAGGAAGAUGAAGAUUACUCUGAAGAGUCUCCUCAAGACAACGUCAAGAGAAUGUCUUUUGAUGAAGAACACAUUAAGAUCCAUAGCUCGCCAAGGACAAAAGACAGAUCUCUUUCUGGAGAAGGAUUCAAUUAUGAACUGACUUUCCAAAGAAACCUUUCUCAUUUAGUAUGCCCUGAAAUCACUGAAGUAGAAGAAGAACAGACUCCAGCAAAAAAAUCUAAAAGAAAAAAAAACCAUAAAUCAAAAUCGACAAUUUACACAAUAUUUGACGAUCUUGACAGAAGGAUCAGGGAAAGCCAGCAAAGCAUUGAGAACUUAAGCUUAGCAGAGCAGUUCACAUAUCAUGAGUCUGGACCAACACAGUUUUUAAUCAAAAGAAAAAAGAGCUUAUCACUAGGGCCUGCUGAUUCUUACCAAUCAGACAGCGACUCUAGCGAUGCUGGAACUGUAAAAGCUGCUCCAAAGUCAGCACUUUAUGAAAGAAGAAUGGUUAAUAGAAGACCAAACCCAAUAAAAAUAGAGAAAAAAUCAAGCGAAAAUGACAAUAAAGAAAGACUUUACAUCUAUCAUUUAGCCAAUUUCCCUGACCAUUGAGAAGUCUCUGGAGUUGAAAAACUUAUACAGAGCUUAAGAAGCAAUAUAUCUAUACACGUCGUCAAUAUUUCUUCAGCAGCUGCAAUCAAUAAAAUUCGACAAGCAAGAGACCAUUUUCCUAAUUUGACUUGUGAAAUCCCUGCAACACAGCUUUAUUUUACAAACAAUUCAAUAGGAGAUGGGCAGACGAUCUUCAAAAAUACCCCACCAAUUCGAAAUCGAGGAAACUGCAACUUAUUGUGGGAUUUAUUGAAAAUGAAAGCAAUUGACUGCAUUACAUCACAACACGCAUAUAUAGACCCCUCAAUGAAAUCUUUAGACACAGGAAACUUCCAAAAGGCUCUAAAUGGGAUUUGUGCAAUCGGGUUUACCUUGCAAGCUAUAUGAACUAUGAUAAAUGUCCCUGUUAGCAGUCAUACACAACUAGAGCAUUAUAUCGUCAGGAUGUCAAAGUGACUUUCAUUGCAUCCUUCACGAAUUUUAGGGCUACAAGAUAAGCGAGGGUCAAUAGAAAAGGGAAAAUACGCAGAUUUAGUGAUUUGGGCGCCAUAUGAGCGAGUGCUAGCUCCAGAAGUUCAUUCAGAAAAGAAAGAGAUGUCUCCAUUUCUUUCUCAAAAUCUCCAAGGCAGGAUUUAUAAAGUGUAUAUAAGAGGCAAGCUAGCACAUGAUGGGACAAACUUUAAAGCUAGAGGCAAAAAAAUAGUUAGGAUGAACACAAAUAAAAAUUAG